UCCGCAAUUGCCAAUUACUGCGCUUUGCUUCUUUCUUCUUACACAACAUAUAUAUACGAGAACAGGAUUCUCUUUCUGCUUAAACCUCCCCUGAACAUCCCCUAUCCAUUAUGGCUGUCCUCUUUCCCUUGUCUACACCUAAACGAUAUAUAAUCACAGUUCUUGCCACCAUCAUAUCCCUGCAUUAUCUGUUGACAAUCGUUUAUGAGGAUUACGGCCGGAUUUCUUCCUUUGGCAACAUCAAUGAACGAACGGGUGAAAGACAUGGCAAUGACAACGUUUCCAUGCUGAAUUACAACAGUCUGCAAAUAUUCCAGAACAUGACAGGUCCCCGAGCCAACGCGACAUUCGUGUUGCUGGCGAGAAAUAGUGAUUUGGCCGGAGUGGUGAACAGCAUCCAGUCGGCCGAGGAUCGCUUCAAUAGACAUUAUCAUUAUCCCUGGGUCUUACUCAAUGAGGAGCCGUUCACAGAUGAAUUUAAAGAACGUGUAAGUGUGCUGACAAGAGCACCUAUCUUUUUCGGUCUCAUCCCGAAAGAGCACUGGUUUCAACCCGACUGGAUCGAUGAAGACCGUGCCCGUGCUGGUCGCCAAAAGAUGAUGGCACAAAGAAUUAUCUAUGGUGGUAGUGUUCCAUAUCGUAACAUGUGUCGUUUCAAUUCAGGCUUCUUUUUCCAACAUGAAUUACUGCACCCAUAUAGAUACUACUGGAGAGUCGAACCCGACGUCAAAUUUUUUUGCGACUUGGACUAUGAUCCAUUUUUGUACAUGCAAGAACAUGAUAAGGUGUACAGUUUCACGAUAUCGCUCUUUGAGUGGGAACCAACAAUACCUACAUUAUGGCAAACUGUGAAAGAUUUCAUCGGCGAAUACCCACAGUACGUGGAAAACCAUAAUGCUAUGGAUUUUCUCUCGAAUGACGGGGGUAAAACAUAUAAUCUUUGCCAUUUUUGGAGCAAUUUCGAAAUUGCGGAUAUGAACUUCUGGCGAAGUGAAGCGUACACCGCUUUCUUCGAGUAUCUUGAAACCAAAGGAGGUUUCUACUACGAGAGAUGGGGGGAUGCGCCUGUACACUCAAUAGCUGCAGCAUUGUUUGCACGCAGAGAUCAGAUACACUUCUUCCGUGACAUUGGCUACAGACACGAGCCGUUUCAACAUUGUCCAUUGGGGGAGCAGUGGACAAGGGGGCGUUGUUCGUGCGAUCAGAAAGAUACCUUUGAUUACACACAAAAUUCAUGUCUGAAAAAGUUCGAGAAACUCUUUGCAUAGCGCUAAGCUUAGCUAUGGUGCAAUCGGGUAUAACACAACCAAUCAGGAACAGGCGCCAUUUGGGGUCAGCGAAAAAUUUUUGUGCCUACACUUGUUUAUUUUGACCAAGAAACAACAGUUCUGAGAGUCACAAAUAGUGCCCAAGCAUGCAAUCAAAAGCUUUUGACUUGAAAAUAAUGUGAAUGUAAUAUUUAUCAAG